AUGCAGUCCGGAAUCGCCGCUUCCCAAGAGCUCAAAUCCGCCCUCGGGAACCUCAUAACCUCGACCUCCCAACGUGGCCUCCUCGCCACAAUCCAAAACGAAACCAUCAUCCCCGGCGCCAGCAUCUCCUCGUCCUCCUCAUCCUUCCUCUCGGACCUGUCCGCCCUCGACACACACGUCACGCCCAAUGCCGCGCUCUACAUCCUCCUCCGCCUCGCCGACGAUCUCUCCAGCCCCAACAAGUCCCUCGUCGCAAUAACCUACGUCCCCAAUGCCGCGCCCGUGCGCCAAAAGAUGCUCUUCGCAUCCACGCGGCUGACGCUCGUGCGCGAGCUCGGCGGCGAGCAUUUUGCAGAGAGCGUGUUCACUACCGAAGCUGCGGAGCUUACCAGUGAGGGCUGGCAGAAACACCUUGCGCACGAGGCCAAGGAGAAUCCGCUGACGAGCGAGGAGCAAAGCGCCAAGGACCUGCGUGAUGCAGAGGCGCUGGAGAGCAGGGGGACAAGGGGCCAGGGGCUUGUGCAGAGCGGGAAACUGGCCAUGAGGGUUGACGACGGGGUCGUUGAUGCUUUGAAGAAGUUGGGGGGAGGGAGCGGGGAGAAUCUUGUGCAGUUGAGGAUGGAUGGCGGGUCGGAGAGUUUGCAGCUCGUCUCGUCUACGACGUCCUCGCCAGGUCAGAUUUCAAAGGAACUGGACGACAAGGAGCCGCGGUAUGCGUUUUACCGACACAGUGAUGACGCGGGCUCGAUUGUGUUUAUAUCGACGUGUCCGAGCGGCGCGAAGAUUCGGGAGCGCAUGUUGUAUGCGGCGAGUCGGGGGAAUGUGGUUAGUUUGGCGCAGGGCGAGGGGGGGUUGACGGUUGCGAAGAAACUGGAGGCGACGAACCCGGAUGAGGUUACCGAGACGGUUAUUCUGGAGGAGUUUAAAGUGGAGGAGAAGGAAGAGAAGAAGGGGUUUGCGAAGCCGAAGAGGCCGGGACGGAGGUAG